CAUCGUAUUAUCCGGAAGGUCUCAGUUUAGGUCUUGCUCUCCUCGUGCUGGUAAAGAUGGCGCUGCGCAGAGAUCCCGCGUCUGGAAACACCCUGGAUUCCCCUGUAAAACAGAUCCAGAUCGAAGGCUUGGUGGUGAUGAAGAUCAUCAAACACUACCAGGAGGAGGGCCAGGGCAGUGAGGUGGUGCAAGGCGUCCUGCUGGGACUGGUGGUGGAAGACCGAUUGGAGAUCACCAACUGCUUCCCGUUCCCACAGCACACCGAGGACGACGCUGACUUCGACGAGGUUCAGUAUCAGAUGGAAAUGAUGAGGAGUCUUCGUCAUGUGAACAUUGAUCAUCUGCACGUGGGCUGGUAUCAGUCCACCUUCUACGGCUCCUUUGUGAGCCGAGCGCUGCUGGACUCUCAGUUCAGCUACCAGCAUGCCAUCGAGGAGUCUGUGGUGCUUAUCUAUGAUCCCAUUAAGACUGCCCAGGGCUCCCUGUCCCUCAAGGCCUAUAGGCUGACCCCCAAACUCAUGGAGAUUUGCAAAGAAAAGGACUUCUCAACAGAAGGGCUGAAGAAGGCCAGUGUGGGGUAUGAGAACAUGUUUGAAGAGGUGCCCAUUGUCAUCAGGAACUCUCAUCUCAUCAACGUGCUGUUGUGGGAGCUGGAGGACAAGUCUACUGUAGCAGACAAGCAUGAGCUGCUCAACCUCUCCAGCGGUUCUCAUCUUGAGAAAUGCCUGCAGAUGUUGAUGGACCGAGUGGAUGAGAUGAGCCAAGACAUCGUCAAAUACAACAACUAUAGCCGCAGCCUGAGUAAACAGCAGCAACAAAAACACCAGUACGUCCAGAGACGUCAGCAGGAGAAUGCUCAGAGGCAGAGUCGAGGGGAGCCGCCACUGCCUGAAGAAGACCUCACUAAACUCUUCAAGCCUCCUCAGGCUCCCCCACGCAUGGACUCCCUGCUCAUCGCUGGGCAAAUUAACACACACUGCCAGACUGUGAAGGAGUUCACCUCUCAGAACCUGGGCAAGCUCUUCAUGGCAGAGGCUCUCCAAGGCCAGGGCAGCUAAAGGGGAGGAAACGAGGCAAGCCCUCCUGAGGUGACUCUGUAACUGGUUAAGAGUAAACUAUUCCCUUAAGCCGCUGAUGGAAGAAGAGUGUUUGGGCAUUGAAAUUUUGAAAGUCCCCUUAACAAAGCUAACAUGCCUAAUAUGAAAGUUGUUGCAUGAGUAUUUGUAAAUAUUCAUGUGUAAAGGUGCAUAGCAGUAUAAUUACAUCAUUAUCAGUUAUUAAACAGUACACCAUGGACUGUAUCUGCACACAAAAUUAAGAUUUCUUUUUUUAUUUACACAUAUACCACAUGUACUAGCAAUGUCAUACAACUUGGACCAAGAAGAAAUCAGAUAAACCAGUGUUACCUUUCUGGGUUUUAUAAAAGAGGUGUUGGAAAUUUGCUAAUUAAAUGGAUUUUGCCCACCCUUGAA